GUUCCCCGUUGCCCUUGGCCCUCUUCCCAUUCCUAUUAUUGGAUGCCCUCCUGGUCGUGCCUGCCCCCGACAGUACAAACGUCUGAAUCCUGCGAUACUGCCAUCAAGAUAUACCCAGCUCGACGACCGCACCAUGGACGCAGGCACUACUUCAUCAGCACAUCACCCUGCGCUGCCAACACAAGGCCUGCCUAGGGCAGUCGCGAAUCCCAUAGAGGCGAUGUCUGGGUAGGUGAGCAGUGCUGGUCAAUCUCCUACCAGUGAAACUCAACCCGCGUGCCGUCCAUAGACGAGCUGGCUCACGGCAGCAACGAUGCGAAUCAUAGGUAGGAAGAUGUUGGCCAUCACUAUUUCCUCUCAUCAUUGAUUGCCCUUUUCUCUGGUCAAGUCAUUUCGUGUUUACCCCCCACCUUUUGGUUACAAUUCUCUUUCAGUUAUUGAAGCUUGGCCGUCUCUACUCCUAGCGGGUCCAUCACCAGCAUGUUACGCUUGAGGCCCUCGGAGAUAACCUUGACGCCUGUGGAUGUCGAAGAGACACGCCGCCGUAUGGCGCGGAGGCAAGCAGCUCUCCCUUCGGCAGGCCUCCCGAUAAGGGGUCCACGGCCUUAUCCCCCCCUUAGCAUUGGUCCCAGACUCCGACCUGGUCCCGAGCACUCCCGUGACGAUGCACUCACAGGUCUCGGAAAUAUCCCAAUCCUGAGGCCGCAUGAAGCUGUCCAUUCCUCUACUGAUUCGGACUCUGAUGACAGCCUCCCCCAAGCACCUGAGGCAAAUGCGGACAAUUCAGGAACUCCUGUGCCAGAUAGCAGUGCACCAGAAGAAGUCACACCUACUCCGGCUCGUAACAUGCAGCUCCCCUUUCGACCUGCUACUCAAGAUACCAUACCAGCUAGACAAUCUCAACUGCCUCCACCACGGCUAAGCUCCAGAGAGAAUACUGAAGAUGAUGCACCUUCUUCGCCACCAAAGCAUCAGUUUGGAUUUUCGGGCUUUGGUCGGGCACGAACGAACACGUCUGAAGACCUCGCCGAAUCAGCCGCUCAUACAAGGGAGCAGUCCUCCAUUGAUGGGGCUGCGGAGGCGAGUCAACAUGGUGCAGCCAGGUCUAGCGUUGCUCUUGGGAGAGGUCGAGUCGACUCUGUCCUCCAGCGAAGCACACAUGCGCCAUCUCCUUUAAACCAAGCACACGCCAUAAGCUCGCCUCAGGCGGGGGAGACCGGGAAGGGAAACGGGGAACGAGAUAGCAGCCAGCCCCAAAAAUUACCCACCCUGUACUUGCACGGAUACUUCCUUUCUCCUGAACGUUACGUGUUCAAAGAGUCCCAGAUCAUGCCGCAUACAGAACCCCGGUCACGUCCCGUACGGUCUCCGCGCCGAGUUCGAACAAUGUCUUCUCAAAGCGACCCCUCUCAGCCAGCACGGAUGCGGAGUCUAGGACGUACUGCACAGUCAUCAGCAGAUGAGGAUUUCUGGACUGCACCAACCGCUGAGGUUCACGGUCGCACAGAGGCGGAGGCCUCAGAGAAUGCCGAGGAGCAUGAUACAGGAAAACGCCGUCCCUCUCUGGAUGAGAGGCUGCGAAGUAGGGCGCACACUAUAUCUGAAUCUAUUCAAGGCCGCUACCGGGAGCUCUUUGGAAGAACGAGAACAAGCCAAACAGAGCACAAUCACAUACCUUCAAAUGUUGAUAUCAGCCGUCACGCGUCUCAGGGGGUCAGUGAAGCUUCUACAAACUCUAGUCAACCAUACUCUUACUAUGAGCUUCCUGCAUCUCGACAAUCCAGUGGUAAUCACCAACAAGGCUCUGAACUCCCACAGGCGCAAUACGAUGGAGCGGCCCCUUCAAGGCACCUUAGUCGAGGAGCGUAUUUCUCCAUUCGACCCUCUCAGGUCCGAUCAGCGAACGAUGGCCACCUUCGCCCACGGCCAACCAGAGUAUCGAGCUUUUCGUCGCCCAAUCUCCCUGCAAUGGUCGGUCAUCAUGGUGUUUCGCCACUCCCAGCGAGCCCUUAUACUCGCAUGCAUAGCGCCCAGAGCACUCCAAGGCCAUCUACAGGUCUUGUUUCACCCAAUGACUUUGUUGGUGAUGAUCAAGAUGCUUCAAGUGCCGCGCAGAGAGAUCUUUCCUCUCCUUUGGAUCUUCUAGAGCAACGUGCGGCUUCCUAUCUAUCUCGUAUCUCAUCUGAAAUGUAUACGGCUCCUUCUCAGCCCAGUUCACGAGUUCCGUCCGCUUUUCAACACGAAAUUACGGAUUUCGACGACCCCCUACCCGAGUAUAGAAGAGUUUCAGGAUCAAGUGGUAUUCGGCAGGGGUCUGGCAACAGUGCCCAUUACCGUACCUCGACUGGCCGCCGCGACCCUGACUUGCGGCCACCCCAUACUCGUUACUCUGAACUUUCGUCUACUCGUACUCCAACAUCGCAAUCGCAGCGUAGAGGCGCACCAGGGAGCAGAGCUGGCCAUAGGUCAAGCGAAAAUGUCCCUGUUGGCACUUCCACCAACGAAGCCCAGCCCGUUGCUCGCACAUUCCCAGGUCAACACGAUAGGGUCAGUCAGGGUCAAACCCAGCAGUUCCAACACUCUCAAGUGGCUAGUAUUCGGGGUGGCCAAAUUCCUUCAUCUCCAAUUCCUAUUCGAUUCAGCAUGCCACAUGCCAGUCCUCGAGAUCUUUCAAAUCGUCAGAUGCAGUUGCCUCAACAGCAGAGCAACAUAACGCGAUCCCCGCGCGAAUAUGCUCGCAGCGGACAACCUUAUUCAUCAAGCCCAAGCUCUCCACCCGAAGGCCGCAGGCAAGGCUUGCAAGGACAAGGCCCAGCGUAUGCGGCAAUGAUCCCACCCCGGAACUCCAGCUACAGACAACGAGCAGAGCCCGAUCCCGAGCGUCGCAAUCCACCACGUUCCAUUGCCGGGUCUCUCCCUUAUCAUGAACGUCAAACAGCCCCCCAGACAUACGCCCCUCGUCAUGGUGAUCGGCCUUCUGUCGCACCCGAGCAGUUUAUCGCAACCGGGAGUCAUCGACCUUCCAUGCACCGCGCAGGAACGUCACGUCGCAGGAUCACCCCUCAGCAACAGAACCAAGAGAACUCUGGAGAUGCCGAAGAACAGAUGAUGAGAGAAGAGCUAGCUGCCGCUGGAAUGCGGUAUGCAAGGGACGAACAGCAGUUGGAUACUAUGGAUGAAACACCACCGCGCUUGGGCAGAUUCGAGAGGCAUAUGGUGGGUAAUUGACUGUCCCGACAUUGGAAUAGCGUGGAGUAGUCGUGUAAAUUGGAUGUUUAAUAGUAAAUGUUGCUUUUGUCCAUAGGAACGCCAUUGGAUUCGACUUCACCCCUUUGGAGUAGAGGAGAGUGUUGUAUUGAAAAUGGUUAGCUUUAGCACUGCUGGGGUGAGUGUAGGAAUGGUAAGAGGCUUGUAUAAAUGAGGCUAGUCGCCGCGAGGCAUUGAACAGUAGCAUAGUUUAUAACCGAG